CUCCGCUCGCCGGCGAUCACCCCUGUACUUGCCAUUCUGCCCGUCCUUGCUUUUCCCGGUUGCUCUGCGCUUCGUCCCGAGAUUUUCGGCCCUGUCGCGCCUUGCCCAUAUUUUGCCUGGUCGUGGAUGAUGGCUCUCCAGCGCGUCCCCUGGGUCACCUCAGGCCGGCACGCUUCCUCUUUCCUCCCAGUCCCUUCACGACCUCUCGGCGGCAUUCCAUCCUGCCUGCUUCCCAGUCUCAAAAGCCAUCUGACACACACAUUUCGGUGCCGGUUCUCCACCCCCCCUUCAACCCUUGCAUGGUCCACAUCUCUCCCAAGAGGCCAUGGAAUCUUGCAUUCAACGGCCGGGCCAGUUCCAAUCUCUGAUCAUUCGUGUGCCAUCCCUCCUGCUCGCUCGUUGCCGUCACCUGCCUCUGUCCUGAGAUCGCUCCGGGCGGAAUCAAGAGGGCGACGGCUCUGGGCAGGGAGGAGCAGCCAUCUCCGUCUGUGGCACACUCGCUCCCCUCAGAGCAUUCCGAGUGGGCCGAAGGGCUGUCUGCUCCGGGCACGCAGAGCGAAACGGGAGAUUUGCCGACUGACGCGCUUUUGGAGAUCGCAAGCUCGCAGUCUGCAUUCCGGCGCCCACUUCACGCCCGCCGCGCCGACACUCCAACCCACCCCAGAUAUGCAAGCCGCUGCUGGUCUGUGUUGUCUUUCGGUUUCCCAUUGGCACUCGCCGAACUUCAUCUUCUCAUGCACCACCGCAAACCUCCCCGGAGCAUCAGCCGUAGUGUCUCGACUGUGUCUCGAACAUACUUCUACGCCUGCUUCACCCGCUGUUUCUCUCAUUCUCAGGCCCCCUUCGCAGCCCUGCAGAUCGGGCUCGCAGCGGACGAACUGCUCACGGCUACCUGCUGUUGUUGAGUGCAAACGCUCUAACGUCCCGUCAUGCGAACAGGUUCAGGAUAGCUGCAUACAAUCAAACCUAAUCUCCAGAACCCCGGUCCCGAGAACCAGUCUUGAGACUUGGACGAAAAGGCCUUUUGUGCCAAUCAGCAUCCGGUUUGCAGAGUUGGCGUCUCUUUGAAGCGUGCGCCGCAGUCUGGAGAGCCUGGAUAUCGGCACCUGAAACUCGGUCUGAGAGCUGCGUCCCCUGGUCCUCUCUAUCUCCCACAACGGCCUUCCUAGACCGUCAUCCCGCGAGCCCCGGUCGCACCUUGUUCGUCAAAGAAUCAACGCCACCGCUUUAAGGGCCUCCUGUCAGCGCAUCUCGGAAGUUGCUCCAUACUGAACUCCUCG